GCGGCGAACCGGUAGUCCGGCAGCAGCAGACCACCUUGCUAUUGAUUGGGGCGGACGUCAUCCAUGUCCCCUCGUCAGAGCUCGUCAUCCUGGCAAGACCAGCACUGCCCAGCCGCCCGUCUUCAUUUAAGGUAACGAGACCAGCACAUUCCGCAUUGCACCGGCGCCGUUGUUCUUAAGGGUUGGUUCCCCACUGCUUGUCGGCUUUAUCUCGCAACCGCAGACUUUGGACAAACACCCAAACACCCCCGAGCUAUCCACUCAUCUGGCCCAGAGACUAUAUAAGCCAGUCCAUCGCAGCAAAACGCCAGCAAACGAAAAAACAUCAGUCGCCAGCAGUCAUGAUCAUCCCUGAAACGGGAGAAGCUCUCGUCGCCAGACAAUAUAGCGGCCGCUGUGCCUCUGGCGAAUACUACAGGAAUGGGUACUGCUAUCGCAGCAACUGGUCCUACUGGGGCCGCUGGGUCCUAGCCGCCGUCGUCAUCGUCUUUUUCCUCGUCCUCUUCCUGACCUGGAGCUGUAUCUCGAACCGCCGCCGCAGGAGGAGGGGCAUGAACCCGCGCUACGGCACCGGCUGGAUGAUGCCUGGGCAGUAUGGAAACGGCCAGCAGGCGCAGCCACAGUAUGGCAACGGCUGGUUUGGUUCCAACAAGCACAACAGCAACCAGCCGCAGUACCAACAGCCCCCGCCGCCUCAGUACACUCCCGCGCAGGGCCCCGUGCCACAGCAGUACACGGGACAGACAUUCAAUUCGAACGAGGGCUACUACGGCCAUCACAAUAACAAUGACAUCCCGCUGCAGCAGCCGACCUCGUCGUAUUACCCGCGCGGAGGAGAUAACGUCUACGAGCCGCCUGCGGGACCGCCGCCUGCUAAGUCCUAAGCGGGCGACAUGCUCACAUCGAAGAGUAAUGAUGACGGAAGGCGCGGGCACACAGCGAUGUUGUGCGGCCUAGGGACGGGAAAAUGACGGACUUGAUGUUACGCUCUGUACUUCCGGGACGGGAAGCUCGGCCGCGGUAACAGUACGACGGGCAGGCGUUACGGAAUACCUCUAGGGCAACGACACUUGUUUUUUUUUAAUUCAAUUCACUUCACUUCUGUGGCGGAAGGAAGUACAGGAACAUAGUCGAGGUUGUAUUAAUUGUAAUUCAUACUUUCGACCCAACUGAACCGUCUCCGCAUUUCCGCAUUUUGGUAACAUGGUUGCUGUCGAUAUUGUAGCGCUUGAGCAUCCUGAGUCGCGAAUUACCCGUACGGAUUUGGACCACCUUGCGCAUAGAGUUGAGCAGGAGCCCCACACGGCCGGGGCAGCUCUUUCUCCCCGUCUGCCGAGAUUCCGCAGCUGGGAGGCCUCGCUGGCUGCUGUGGCUAGCUGCACAUCUGCAGGGCGUGCCACCCCCCCGACCACUGUACUCAUUGACUCACUCCGCAUCACCUCAACUCGACCCGGAGUAGUCUCCAACUGAUUGAAC